AGGAAGAAAAGGAAAGACGUAAACGGCUAUGGAGUCGUUCUUGGUUGCUGCGGCGUGAUCAGCAAACGACUUCCUUAAAUAUGGUUUUUAAUGAACUAGAUGCAGAAGAUCCGGCCAGUUUCUCAAAUUACACGCGAAUGGAAAAUGGUAUUGGGAAUGAUUUGUUGGAAAUGGUAACACCAUAUAUAAAGAAAGAGGAUACAGUUAUGAGGCAAGCUAUAUCACAGAGAGACAGGCUUUGUAUUACAAUUCGAUACUUGGCAACAGGAAAUUCAUUUAGAGACAUAAGUUAUUCAACUCGUGUUGCACCUAAUACCAUAUCCCAAAUCGUGAGAGAAACUCUUGAAGCAAUUAUAACCGUUCUUCAAGAUAACUUUAUAAAAUUUCCAUCUUCAGCACAAGAAUGGGAAGCUGUUGCCCACAAAUUUGAAAACAACAUGGAAUUUUCCUCAUUGCAUAGGGGCAUUGGAUGGAAAGCAUAUCAGAUUUCGUCCAUCACGAAGUAA